UCCUUCAAAUGGGAACUUCUAAACCACAUGUCUCGAUAGACCUAUCCACACAACCUUUGUUAUAAAAACUAAAUCGUGUCACAGUUUCCCUUUGGCCGAAAUUUUCAGCCUUAAUAACUCCUUAUCAGCAAAAUAGAUAGAGCAACGACCCUCUCCUAUGUUUCAUCCUUCUGUCUCUCAUCCCACGUGAAGGUUCAAUGGUCACUAAGCUAGUUCAGCCACCAAUGACAGAUUCCCAUGUGAGUCCUCUUAUUUGUAGAACCAUGAAUGCCAUGAAACUCCAAAAUUUUGUUCCAUCUAGAAAUCAUUCAAGAAUAAACACUUCAAGAUUUGGUGAGAGACCAUUAUGGUUUAGACCCAUUACAAUCAUUAAAGUUGCAGAACACAAUCCUGGCUCAGGCUUAGCUGAGCUUGAAACACUUGCUCAGAAGAAAAGAGAGCUUUGCCAGGCGGUGGAAGAGUGGCAAAAAAACAUGUUUCAAGGAAUCAACAGGGGAAUUUUUGGAAUCCCAGCUACCAAGAAAUCUGAAAUUGAAAGAUUGGUGAAGCAGAUAGAAUCUCUGAAUCCAACUCCAUGCCCAACUCUAGAACUGGAGAAGGUGGCUGGGUGCUGGAGGCUUGUUUACAGUACGAUCUCAAUUUUGGGAUCAAAGAGGACCAAAUUAGGCCUCAGAGACUUCAUCUCAUUGGAUGAUUUUUUUCAGACGAUUGACAUAUCCAAGAGCAAAGCAGUUAAUGUGAUAAAGUUCAGUGCAAUGGGAUUGAGUUUGUUGUCUGGACAGCUUAAUAUUGAAGCCUCUUUCAGGAUUGCUUCCUCAACAAGGGUUGACAUUAAUUUCGAAAACUCAACGAUCACUCCUGACCGGUUGAUGAAUGUAUUUCGGAAAAAUUAUGAUCUUUUGUUGGGCAUCUUCAAUCCAGAGGGAUGGCUGGAAAUCACAUAUGUUGAUGAUACCUUGAGAAUAGGAAGGGACGACAAAAGCAAUAUCUUUGUACUGGAAAGAUUUGAUGAUAGUAAUAACACGUAGCCAAUUUCCUUCCACUUUAAUCUUCAAAAUUAAUUAGUACGCGAGGCAUUUUUUAUCCUUACAGAUGUUUUUGUUUUGAAAAUUUUGUUGGCCAAGAUUCAUUUAGUAAAUAUGAUAGAAAUUUCUUCUUAUACAAAUUAUUAUGGGCAGAAAUAAGCAAGUUAUGUUGCUUAAGAGAAGCAAUUAAUUACUGAUCACUGUUGUAUUCCUACUCUCACUAGUGGCCAUGAGUAGUUUGUGCCUUAUAGUAUUGUAUCUUAAAAUUCUUAGGUUUAGAUAAGGUUUUGGUUCUUGUAUUUUUA